AUGCGCAAACCACUGGUGGCGUCAGGAGGAGGAUUUGAGGCUCCGAGCGUGAAGCCCGUCGGUGAUGGCGGCUCGGCGGCGCAGGGCUUGCCGGCGAGAGGCGUGAAGGCCUCUCUGGGCGAGGGUGGUGGUGCAAAGAGGGUGCUCGUGCGCGUGCGGGGUCAGGGCGAGCCCAAGCCAGGGUCAUGCGGGGCUGGGGUGAUCUGCAGAAGGCCCGCCACGGCGGGGCUACGGCGGCGGGGCGUCGGCGAGUGGCGCCCGGACAACGGAGUGGCCUACGGCCUAAAAGGCUUAGCGCAAAAGAAAGCUCGGGGAUCCAGGGUGCUCACCGGGGGCUUGGGGAGGCCGGAUUGCACGGCGCAGGGGACCGGCGGCGAGGUCCGGGCGGUGAAGACGACGCGGAGUCCGGGGAGGAGUCGUUGCGGGGGUCGGGGUCGGAGAAGAAAAGUCCGAGGUGGCUCCUGGCGCCGAGGCGGGGCUGGGGUGCUGCUCGGCCGGAGCUCCGGUGUGGCGGAGCGGCGUAGCCGCGGCGGCGCAGAGCGGCAUCACGGCGGAGCUGCGUUGUUGCGGCGGCUAGGGUUGCGGGGUGGCGGCGCUAGCGGGAUAGGGUGCAGGGGGAGUCGCGGGAUGCUAAAAAGAGGCCGGGCGGUGAUCUUGGGAGGGCGCGCCCGAUUAGGGAGGCCGCCGGAGAUCACGGGGACGCGGCGCGGCCGUUGCGCGCGAGGAAGACGGAUCUGGCAGGUGGGGUCCACAGUUCAGCGGCAGCGGGCGCUCGCGGAGGCUGCGGAGGCCGGCGCCGACAGGCGGGCUCGGGGGCUCAGCGAGAGCGACGCGCGCGCGGUGAGCUGGAAAGCUGGCAGGCGGGCCAGGCUGGUCAGUGGGGGCGGGGACGCGUGCUCGCGGGCUGAGCGCCGUGCGGGAGAGGGGGUGCUGGUUUGGGCGCUGGGCGACGCGCUGGAGCAGGUCGGCGUGGGGAGGGGCGAGCGUGCUGGGCCGCGGGAGAUCGGGCUGGGCCGGUGGCGCGCGAUGAGGGGGAGCGGGGGUGAAGCGGGCCGCGCUGGGUGA